AUGUCACUCUCAUCAUGUUUCGGGUCGCGCAAACGCGACGACCAACAGCCGUUGUUGCCACAGUAUCGCGAUGACACAACGCUUCAGCGUGAGGUGCAUCAGAAGCUCCACUCGUACCAGAUGUGGAGGGCGCUUACUAUGGGUUUUAUGCCAUCCAACGAACAACUCAUCAUCAAUCUGCGCAGCUUGCUAUCUGCAGAUAUCCUGAAUCCAGAGAAUCCCGAUCUGAGCGAUUCAGGUCGUCUGCUAGUCAAGUUCACGAAACAAUGGCUUCAUCAAUUCAUCGACACGAUGAAUCACAAGAACAGCGAAGAUCAGAUUCAGGACUUUCUCUGGUACCUUUCCAAGGCUAGAAUCUCUGUUGAUGUCGGGGAUAUGGCGAGACGGACGACAAGGUCAAAGGCAAAGGCAGAUGCUACUGCAGCAUACCAGAGCCUCCAGACUGUCGGGUCUCUACUCCUCACCAACUCAGACUUCCGCCUUUUCCUCUCUGAUCUCAACGUCGUCGGUCGCGAAGUCUUCCGAGACUCUGCCUUUACACUGUCGAAUGUGGCGAAGAAAGCUGCAAAGAAGAUCGAGCCCUCGCCAGCAGAGUACAAGGCCCUCAAAGAGCCAGGUGCCGAUGAGAACCUCGCACAUUCCGCCGAGGAGCUGAGUGGUGAGGUCACUGAGGUGGCUCAGGUUGUUGGAAAUGGUGUGGCCAAGGUUGCUCACAGGGCAGACGUCAGCCUAGCAGAGAAGCUACAGGGCGACGAGGGUGAAUCGCUCUUGUUCCGUCUGAAGAAGACGGUCACGAACCUGAGGCAGAAGAGGGACUACAACGACUCCGUAUCUGUACUGGCACAGCUGCUGAAGCGCUACGCCAUGGCAUAUUCUCGGACGGUUGAAGACGCCAUGGGCACGCUCGAGGAGGACGUCGACACGAACCCAGCAAUGGACAAAGCUGUCAAGAAUUUCUGGACUUUCAUAAGCUCCUUUGGCGAUAAGCAAGAAUGGAAGAAACUCGAGGAUGCCUUCCACAAGGUCUUGGAUCACUCUCGCAAGGACCCCGAAUUUGAGGACUUACUCACCGACGUCGGCAAUUCCCUCCAGAAGCUGCUUACCGACCCCGAUUUCUUCGACCACGUCGACGAGAAGUUCCAGGAGCUCAGGAAGAAGGCCAAGGGUGUUGGAAGCGAGUCGUCGCUUCGCCAGGACGUUGAUUUGUUCUUUGAGCAAGCUCAGCGAACCUUUAUGGCUGUCACACAGGACGAGGACAUUGCGAAGAUGAUCAAGACAACCAUGAGGAUCUGGAACAUCCUGUCGCCCAUGCACUCAGCCACCAACAGCGAAUUGGUUCAGGACGCCAUCAAUGUGUUCGUUCCUCUGGCGGUUCAGGCCAUCCAAUAUAUUCCUAUUCCUCGCCUCGAGGUCUCAACACCCGAAAUCGACAUGCUCUUGGAGAACUUGAUCAUCGAACCCGGAAAGACGGUCAACCACACCUCCUUCCUGCCUUUCCGUUUCAAAGUAGAAACCUACAACGACUUUGAAUUGCGCAAGGCGCGCUUCCGCGUCGCAUCAAAGGCCACAUCCAAGUUCACCAUCAAGAUUGACGGUCUCUCUUUCCGUGCUGACGAAGUCGGCUUCCUCCUCCGCGCACACUCUGGUCUUCUCCGUCUCGCCGACGAGGGAAUUGCAUCCUUCCAGCUGGACGAGCGCGGCAUCGACAUCCACCUCGACGUCGAAGUCGGCAAGGAGAAGCUAGAACAAAUACUCACCCUCAAGGCCGUACGUGUACAUAUCCACAAGCUCACGUACAAGCUGCGCAAAUCCAAGUUCAGCAUCCUCGGCUGGCUGUUCAAACCCCUCCUCCGCCCCAUUGUCCGCAAAGUCAUGGAGAGGCAGAUGGCCAAGGGUAUCGCAGAUGGCAUCCAUGCUGCCAACCGCGAGCUCCUCUUUGCGCGCGAGCGAUUAAGGGCGACGAGGAUUUCUGAUCCGGAUGAUCUCAAGACUUUUGUCAAGGCGGUCAUCACGAGGCUCACGCCGGCUGAUGAUCCGGAUGUGUAUACGAGGGUGGGUGUCGAGGCGAACAAGAAGGGCGUGUUUGCGGGCAAGUAUGCGCCCGGUAGUGUUGUUAAGCUUUGGGAAGAGGAGGGGAGGAGGGCCGAGGAGAGGAUUGAUGAUUGGGAUGAGGGGGGUUGGAGGAAUGAUGUUUUUGACUUGCAUGCGCUGGCUAUGGCUUAG